GCUUCCUCAAAGUUGCACGACAAAAUUGAAAAAGAGAGAAUGAAUUUUCUAUCACACUGUUGGACUUUAUGCUAUAUAAAUUUUGAAGGACUGAUAGCUUUUUCCAUAUCACUCAUCUUACUCACAAUACUUGCAAAUUAAAAUCAAACAUACAAAAAAAUGUGUGAGACUGCACUUUCCUUGCUUCCACUAGCCCGUGAUCAUUUGCUUCCGCUCUUCAAGGAAGCAUUCAACAUGAUUAGGGGUAACCCGAAAGAAAUUGUAGAAUUGAAAGAUGAACUAGAAAGCAUUGAAGACUUCAUCAACGAUGCGGAUAGAAGAGCUGAUGAUGUAGAAGACAAGAAAAUCAAAGACAUGAUCAAGCAGCUGAUAGAAGCAUCUUAUCACAUAGAAGAUGUGGUUGAUGAUUAUAUCUUACUUGAGGAACAACAAUCUUCUGAUCCUGGAUGUGCUGCUGGUGCUGUUGACUUGGUGAAAACUAAGAUCCUUCGUCUCCAAAUAACUUACAAGAUUCAGAACAUCAAGUCCCGAAUCAGAGAAAUAAAAGAAACAAGUGCAAAAGAUCAUGGCUUCAACAUCCAAUCUUCUUCAGAUAAACCAUCAAGCAGUUCUGCAACAAACAGAAACGCCUCAUUUUUGCAGAACCUUCGAGACGCUCCAUUUUAUAUGGAUGAAGCUGAUCUUGUGGGAUUUGAAGAGCCACGAGACAAAUUGAUUGAUUUGUUGGUAGAGGGAAGAGCAGAGCGCACCGUUGUCUCCAUAGUUGGAAUGGGAGGACUGGGAAAAACCACUAUAGCCAAGAAAGUUUUUGACAACCAAAAGGUCGUUAAACAUUUUGAUUGUCAUGUAUGGAUCACGGUGUCUCGACCAUACAAUAUAGAAAAAUUGUUGAGGGAAAUUUUGCUCGAUAUUUACAAACAACAAGGGGAAGAUCCUCCUCAGAGUCUCCAUCAGAUGGAUCGAAAGCCAUUAGUUGAUGAAGUGAGAAACUACUUGCAAGGAAAAAGGUAUGUUAUAGUGUUUGAUGAUGUAUGGGAUUCACAUUUUUGGUAUGAUAUUGAAUUUGCUAUGAUUGAUAACAAAAAUGGUUGUAAGAUAUUAAUCACAACGAGAAACAAGGUUGUUGCAGAUGCUUGUAAGAAAUCUUUUGGUAAAGUGCAUGAGCUGGAACGUUUAUCUGAAGAACAGUCCUUGGAAUUGUUUAAAAAGAAGGCGUUCCAUGACUUGGACGGAGUUUGUCCAGAAAAUCUUUUUGACAUAUCUUCCAAAAUUGUUGAAAACUGCAAAGGAUUACCUCUAGCAAUUGUUGUCACCGGUGAUAUUUUAUCUCGCAAAAAUAGAAAUCCAAUUGAAUGGUCUAAAUUUAGUGAAAAUAUAAAUGUAGAGUUAGAGGGAUAUUCCACAAUAAGAAAAAUUUUAGGAUUUAGUUACCAUAAUUUACCUUACAACCUCAAGUCAUGUUUCUUGUAUUUUGGAUUAUAUCCUGAAGACUAUAUAGUUCAUUCAAAGACGUUGACUCGCCAAUGGAUUGCUGAAGGGUUUGUGAAGGAAGACAGGGGGAGGACAUUGGAAGAGGUUGCUGAAGGAUAUUUAAUAGAGUUGAUCCAUAGAAGUUUGGUGCAAGUAGUUUCAAUAAGUAUUGAUGGAAGAGUAAAAAGUUGUCGUGUUCAUGAUCUAGUGCAUGCAAUGAUCCUUGAUAAAUAUGAGGAUUUAAGUUUUUGCAAGAAUAUUACUGAGGACAAACAAUUGUCUUUAACUGGAAUGAUUCGACGCCUAUCAAUAGAAACUACCUCUGAUAAUUUAAUGAAAGUUAUUGAAAACUCACAUGUUCGAUCACUGCUUAUUUUCACACCAAAGACAUCACUUAAAUCCUUUGUAAGGACGAUCCCUACAAAAUAUAGGCGGUUGAAGGUGCUUGCUUUGAUGCAUAAGGAAUUAGCUGAAAUUCCUAAUGAUUUGGGAAGUUUGAACCACUUGAAAUAUCUUGAGUUCGGGAUGAUUGGAGGAAGAUAUUCUGGACUUCCAAAAUCCAUUGGCAUGAUCGCAAACUUAGAGACUUUGGAUUUAAGAUAUAGCAAUUAUGAAAUUCGUGAUAUGCCAAAGGAGAUUUGCAAGCUUAGAAAGCUACGCCAUUUAUUAGGCGAUUGUAUGUCUUUGAUUCAGUUGAAGGAUGGUAUUGGAGGCAUGACAUCUCUACAAACUCUAAGUGAAGUUUAUUUAGAUGAGAAUGAAGAUGAAAAUGAUAAUAGAGUAGUAGAGCUAAUUCAAGAGCUAGGAAAGCUAAAUAAGAUAAGAAAAUUGAGCUUGAUAGGUGUUAGGAGUAAAUAUAUGAGUGCUAUAUCUUCCUCAAUCAAUCAAAUGCAACAAAUGGAGAAACUACUUAUCGGAGGAAUCUCAUUCAUUGGUCUGGAUUUGAAUUCACCCCCACCUAGGCUUCAACGUGUUAAACUUGACUGGCAUUUAAGAAAGUUACCUGAGUGGAUUUCAAAACUCAAAAAUCUUGUUGAGCUCAAGGUGACAGUUAGGAAGGAAGGGAAUGAUGCAAUGAAAUUACUCCAAAGUAUGCCAAACUUGUUGCUCCUCUGUUUCACUGGCGAUGGUCGCCAUUAUGAAGACAAAUUUGAAAGUAUACAUUUUCAGGAUGGGUGGUUUAAGAAUUUGAAGGAACUAUAUCUUACUAAUUUCUAUUCCUUGAGUCACAUCCUUAUAGACGAAGGUGCAUUGGGUUCUCUGAAAAAGCUCAACUUAUCCUUCAACCCCCAACUCAUGACAUUACCAACUGGCAUUCAUCACUUGCACAACCUUGAAGUUCUCUAUAUGAAAGGAAUGAGUGUGGAAUUAAUGCAGAGUAUUGCUCCUGAUGACGGAAAAGAGCAUCCGAUUUUCAUGCAAGUUCCCUUUGUAGAUAUUUCUUGUGAAAAAUAUUUGAUUAAAGCUAUCGAAUCAUUCACAUCUGUCUCACUUCGAAAAAGAAACAAAAAAAGGUGAUGGUUAUCAGUGGAUUUGAGAUUCGAAAUUCAUCAAGUGGACUAUUAUAUCAGCAUUGCUUCUUUCUGUACCUGUUUUUGCACUGCCCUUCCUCAAUAAAAAACAAUGUGUUGUUUUUCAUUGUUAUAUAUAUAGCUAUUUGUUAUUUUAUUCAAGAAAACUGAGUUUUUUAAUAAUGAUGUAUAAUAUAUGUUGUGAGAUCUUUCCUUUAAAUGAUUGUAAGAAAUAAUGCCUUCAUGGUUUAAAGUGACCCAAUUAGUUCAUCCACCUUCAUAUAUGUUGCUAGUGUUUUGGGCUUUUUUAAUCGCAGUCACCUUCAUAUCAAA